GGUAGAUUGCUAAAAAUGUUGUCUGAGGCUGGAAAUGAAGCCGUGUUGUGAUGGCGCUCAUUGGGAUCAGCCUCCACAGCCCCUCCUUGUUUUGGUGGUGCUGACUGCUAUGCUGUAAUGUUUACCCUGGGUAAAACAGGCUGCCAUUGGUGAGGCUUUACGUGGUUUAGUUUACUUGCAUCAUGAGCCGAUGAUGGAAUAUGCUGUAAAGCAUGGUAGUGACGGCGUUAAUUAACUGCAAACACAAAAUGGACCUGACAGCGAUGCUAAUAUGCCUUGAUUGUUGACAUUGUCGCAGUCGCACUCCAUCCUACAUUCGCCGGUGUGCAAAAUGCGUAGCGGAAACCUAAGAGGAAAUGGAAGCUAUUUUGCUCUCUUGAUCGUGCAAGUGCAAAAUUACAUAACCUAUUGGAUAGUCCUCAUAGGACCUCAUGUCCUAUUGAGGAUCACAGCAGUCACGCAAACAUUAAUUGGACUCCUGUGAUCUAUAUGAACAAUUGUAGCAAAUAUGGGAAAAAAAUCUAUAUUAUGUAUUAUUUUACACUCACGUGCUGUUGAGAUACCAUACAGCUUCGAAGUGGCUUCAAGCCCAAAUCAUGUUGAGUAUGCCAGAUCAGUUUUACUGUGUCUAAGAUAAAUGUACUCAGAAUUGUGACCUAAAAGUGUGCACAGUAUUUGAAUAAAAUGACGUCAGCUCACGUUUCAUUCACGCGUUCGUUGAACAAGUAUGUAUAGACGUUACAGUUCGAGUUGAGCCACUUGUUUAUCACGGGGAUCUUUUGUUUCCAUGUAGGAAAACAAAUGUUUGUUGGUAGGUCGCAGCCAUCGCUGUCUGGACGUCUGCUGUCUGUGUUUGCCGCUCUCGGAUUGGCCAAUACAAAGCGGGGGCGUGGCUCCGUUAUAACAAUGCAGUGUAGGGAACGUGCACGCGGCAAUCGGGAUUUUCUUCGAUUAUAAAAGAACGACUUGUUUCUAUUUUUGUAUCAUUAAUGCUGCUUGGGAUACAUUAACAUUAACGGGUGGAUUUUUAUUUUUAGUAUUCUCACGGUUGCUGGGGAGACGUUGCCUCUCCGCAGCCAAAGGAAAACGUCUGAUAGGGCUCUAGUUUUAGCAAGCUGAUUGUCGGGCAGUUUCGGGGAUAUAUACAUCAAAGGAAACGGUUGUGGACGAAAUUCAGGGGACGGUGUAGUAUUGAGGGACAUACGUCAGUUGGAGGCUGUCGUGCACAAAGGAUAAGUGGAUGGGAGACGGCAUUUUGCAAGCUGGAACACCUGUCAUCUCCCCUUCUCACGGAGCACACAAACUAGCCACGAAAGUAAGCUCUCAAACUACACCAAGUCUUAGGACUUCAGUCCGUUCCAUACUGCUGGGGUGAAGACAAUCGGAGGCAACAAACAAGUGCCUCCUCCACUGUGUAGUUUCCUUUCCCAGAGUGUGACUCGUCUGCACGACGUCACCAAUGCGACCAUGGGAAGUAGCAGUAAAUAGGCUGCCCCCAACAGCCCCCUUGAACCCAAGGAGGUUCCUUGGAGAGCCCUGUACUGCCCCUGUGCAUCUCAGGAGAAGCCCACCAGUGAGACGCCAGUGGGGGCUACGAGACAGGCCUGUGCUGCACACUUCCCUGGUCCAGGAUGAGAAUCUCCGUCAUCUGCUUUUCUCACAACAUCACCAACAGGUUCCUUUAGAUGAAUCCAGACAAUACAGCCACACCAGCACAGCACCACGCAUGCUUCACCCUGCGGCCCACCUCCCCCAGCAGAACCCCAUCAUGGUGGAUCUACACGAGCAGAUGCCCCAGGGAUCUGUUCCAAUAUCAUACACUGUUACGACGGUGACGACCCAUGGAUUUCCCAUCCACACUGGGCAGCCUUUACCAGGGUGCAACACUCCGCAGCUCCCAGCAUGCUCGGUAAUGCUCAGCGGACAGCUCUCUCUGCUCUGCUGCCUUCCUCCUCCUCUCAUACAGGCCUGUACCAUGCAGCAUAUGCCGGUGUCUUACCAAGCCUUCCCACCCCUGAUCUCCAGUGAACAUUUUGUAUUGCACCCAACCCCAUCUGUACCCCCUCACCAGCCGCCGCACCUUACACCUCUGAGCCAAUUUGUCCCUUUACAGCCUCAGCACCCACGCAUGCCUCUACAGCGGGUAGAGAAUGAAGUCGACCUAAGAGGGGACCAGCACCCAUUAGGAACCUUCUCCUACUCACAUCACCCACCAGCGCUGCCUCCUUCUCUGCCCAUACCGUAUCUUCCUCAAGAGCCUCUGCAUCAGGAGCUUCCUUUCGGAGUGCCAUACCCACAUAUGCUGCCCCGGCGAGCAAAUGGGCAGAGAUACCGGCUGCAGCAGCCUCUCCCUCCUCCCCCGCCGCCUCCAUCCUACUACCCAGGCUUCCUCCCUUACUUCCUCUCAAUGCUUCCUGUGCCUCCAACUGCAGUGGGCCCAGCCAUCAGUCUCGACCUUGAUGUGGACGAUGUGGAAAUGGAGAACUAUGAGGCUUUACUGAAUCUGGCUGAGAGGCUGGGUGAAGCCAAACCACGUGGACUCACCAAGGCCGACAUUGAGCUCCUUCCAUCCUACAGGUUCAGCUCAGAGAAUCAUCUCUCUGAGCAAACGCUAUGUGUUGUGUGCUUUAGUGACUUUGAGUGUAGGCAGCUACUUCGGGUAUUACCCUGCAACCACGAAUUCCACGCCAAAUGUGUGGACAAAUGGUUGAAGACCAAUCGCACUUGUCCCAUCUGCCGAGCCGACGCGUCGGACGUGCACCGGGAGGCGGAGUGAGAGCCGGAGUGGAAAAAGCUUCGCCCACCCCAGAGUUAGUCCUAAAGCUGUGGACACCCGCCACUAACUAACCACAGCUAACAACCCACUAAAUAAUAAGCAAUCCGGGAUGGUUCUUGGCGUCCCCAGCUGUGCUUCAAUUGUCCCGAGUCUUGUGAAGAAAAAAAAAGAAACACAAAACCCUCCCCCCCCCGCUGCAGCCAGAAGGCGGAGCGCUGGGAUCACCAGCUGGUUCUUUCUCUGGCCUCCCCACUUCCUUGUUGCCGAUUCCAAAGAGUAUCCCCAUUUGUGCGCAUUAUUUGCUGCUUUUGUUUACAGGGUUGCGUUAGUUGAAUUUAGUGGAGGAUGGAAGGCUGGAAGUGAUUCAAGACUAUCUGGACGCGAGGAGAAGCAGCAUAGAUGCAUGUUCGUGUUGGCAAAACAGACUUCUUCGUACCUUUGUUCUGCAAUACUCGAUUGAUCAUUUAGCCCUCUUUUGUUCAGCCUGAGCUUUUAGACUGCAAGCGACGCGCGUCUGCCACACGAUCCUCUCUGGAACACACACACGUAUCCAAAAAGAUGUCUUGGAUUCACAGACCGGAUCAUUUCAAGGUCAUCGAGCAUAAGUGCACAAGUGCUACGGCUAUCCUCAGCGUGUGUGUGUGCGUGCGCGUGUGUAUGUUUGCGCGUUGAUCCUGUUCACAGAGCCAAUGUAUUAUUGUGUAAACACUGGAUACAGGGCGGCAUGCUGGGAUUUGCAUGAACUGUUGAUUCCGACUAGCAAUAUUUAAACCAAGCAUUACCACCAAAAUGAUACAACUGGAGCGGAAGAAAAAGAGGCAGCAUACGAAGAGAACGGCUUGCUUAUGUGGGAAGGCGAGCAUUGAAACGGAUGCAAGUCGCCGUUGUCCCGCGCGGGCGGCAAUACGUUGCAAAUGGGCGACUUUUGAAUCUUCCUGUUUGAGGAGGACGUGGCCGUCAACAUUUGUUUGUUUGUGAGCCAAAUCCAAUAUAUAGAUAUCGCCUACUUUUCCAGAUGUUCGUUCGACCUGCCUUCUUAUAUGACCUUGACAAGCACAAACCUAUGACUAAUCCUGGCAAAUACUGUGUCAUUUUCACCGUUUCUGAAAGGUUUUAUUUAUUGCUUUGUAACCUUUUGGAGAAAAUGAGUUGAAGGAACGCGUUGGGAGCACUAACAUUGUGUGUAUCUUACGGUAACGUGGUCAUCAACGUAAUGGUGGUGUUAAAGCAGAAAAGAAAAAACAAAAAAAGAACAAGUGUAUGUAUAAUUUGUGCGUGAAUGCUUUUAGAUUUGAAGACAGAAGAAUGUCGUAGAAGUCACUGGUGUUCAGUAGUGCGGAAACGCUGGUGGACUCCUACUUUCCUGCUUGCGUUGCGACUUGAGAAAAAAAAACACAUUAGUAAGCACUAACAGGCAGUUGUAAGCGUUGCUUUUGCGUGUAAAGGGAUCUUGCCUUUUUCUUUACUUCAAUGUCUUAAGUGAAUGUCAGUCUUUGAUGUGUGUGCCAUCUUCAAAAGAAAAAAAAAGCCAUUUAAUGAGUUCUACCCACAGCUUCGAGAAUUAAUCUACGUGUACAUGCAUAUCUAUUCGCAGGCUAUAUUGUAUGUUUAAAAAAAAAAAAAACCUCAGGGCCACUCGGUAUAUGAUACAGGACAAGAAGAGUCAAGUCUUGUGUCGAAUGGGAAGGAUGCCAUGAAAAGGAGCUAUCUGAAUUUAUGUUGAGGUCAUUUUUCUCUGACCACUAAUGAUUUCAUGUAAGCAAUUAUUAUAUCCUCUUAUGUCUGAAAUAAUAAACCGUUUAAAGACAAGGCAUGUUUUCAAAAGAAGAAGAAAAAAAACAGGCAACGUACACAAGUCGUUUUACAAACCAGUUUUGACUAUUUGCUGUGGUCCAACUUCUCAAUGUGCGCACACUCCUACCUAAUCACUCCAGAAGGUGUUUGCAUGCUUUCAAAAAAAAAAAAAGAAAAAGAUGAGCAAAGCGUGUGAAGGACAG